AUGUCAUCAGCUUCGCCCAAUCCCUUACUAUCGGCGCCUUCUGACAAGCUCCUGGCACCUGCUACGCCUGAUUCACCAGUCCCCUUGAAGCGCACGUUGGAUCGCUCUCCCUCUGACAGAGCUGGCAAGCGCGCUAAAGUUAAGGGCCGCACGAACAAAAGGACUUGGGACGAGGCGCGUGAUCCCGACGAGGAGAGAGGAGAGAAAGCCCGGGAUAACUCAUACCAUGAAAUUUGGUACUGCAAGCACUGCGACUCGGCCAAAAAGCCGAACUCGGUAACAACCAACCUGAGCCGAGCCCGCAAGCACCUACGGGACUUUCAUGGCAUCCGGGUUGUAGAGCGGGUAGAAGGGUCAGAUCUGAAGAAGCAGCAACAUGGCAUCAUUACAGAUAUGUUUGGAAGGCAGGAGGAGCGCCAAGCCAAUCGAAAUCUUGACGAAGAAAAGUACCUGGUAAAUGGUAUUAACAUUCCUGCAUUCGAGGAAGCACUUGCUAGGCUUCUUGCGGUUCGCAACAUUGCCCACUCGUUCAUCCAAUACCCUGAGUUUCACGCCGUUAUACUCUCCUGCAACUACAUGGCCCGGGACGUCCUCUUACGCAGCCGCAGAGCGGUCCCGAAGCUUCUCGAAAACACUUUUGCUCUACACAAACAAGGUCUCGUUGGGAAGCUUCGUAAUUGUCUCUCAUCCAUGGUUCACUUCACUAUUGACAUGUGGACCUCAUCGGAACAGAAGGCGGCAUACCAGGCAAUCGUGGCCCAUUUUGUAGAUGCGGAGACAAGAGAAGUCGCUCAAGCGUUAUUGUCGCUACGCGAGUUCAAAGGAAGCCACAGCGGGGAGUUGCAAGCCAAGGUUUUCCUAGAAGUUAUCGAAGAGUACGGCCUCAGCGAGAAAGUUGGCUACUUUACGAUGGAUAAUCACGAUGCUAACGAUACCAUGCUUGACGAUAUUGCAAAAGGCAUUGAGGGUUUAGAUCCGGUUGCCAGGCGACUACGCUGCAGUGGCCACAUCAUGAACCUCAUCGUGCAAGUCUUCCUCUCUCGGAGCAAGGCAAAGAAGAUUCAGGAGGAUGAACAAGAGGGAAUUGAUAAGGCGUAUGAGCGGCUGUGCAAGCAAUCCGAUAAAGAAGGAGGAGGCAGAAUGACGAAAGAACAAGCUACCCAGGAGUGGCGGGAGUUCAGUGUCUUGGGCAAGCUCCACAACUUAUGCAUAUAUUCAAGAAGUUCUACCAGCAUUCACAACGACUUCAAGGCUAAGAUUGGCAGAGCCUUGCCGAGGGACAACGAUACACGUUGGAACUCAUGGUUUCGCCUCAUUGACGUGGCUAUUGAGAGGCGCGCCAAGUUCAUGGAUUGGAUCCAAGAAAAUCAUGCCAAAAUACAGAAAGACGCACUGGACCACAACGAUUGGAACGAACUCAGAGAUAUCCAUGCCUUUUUACAGGUAUUUCACCAGAUCUCAGUACGCCAAGGCCGAGAGAAUACACUGGAUGAAGUUCUGUCCCACAUGGAUUUCCUCCAUCAUCACUUCACACAGACUCAAAGUCGGGCUUUCAGCAACCCGCGCUUCUACGCGCGCUUCCAUGUUGCUUGGCUAAAGUUCGAGAAGUAUUACCAGCUUACCGAACAAGCCCCCGUGUACGUGGCCGGGAUUCUCCUCCACCCAGCACUCCGAAAGAGCUAUCUGAGUGAGCAGUGGAAGAGAAAUCCAGCCUGGGUUGGCAAUGCAGUGAAGGCUGUAAGGCAGAUUUGGUCGCAGGAGUACAAAAGCUACCAGCUCCCAGAGAGGCAACAGGAGAAUGGGCAAGAGCUUGAUGAGUUUGAUCGCUGGAGGAGGAAGGUGUACAGCACAGCGAGUGAGGUGAAGGAUGAAUUUGAUCGUUUCAUCCAUGGCUCACAGGCCGGAAUUGGGCAACAAACGGCCUUACAGUGGUGGCUUGAACCGACCCAGCAAGCGAACUUCCCCCUCCUCUCCCGCAUGGCCAUUGACGUAUUCUGUAUCCCACCGAUGUCCACGGAGGCAGAGCGAAUCUUCUCGGGCGCGAGACGGCAGGUCACGUGGGACAGAUGCAGUAUGUCUGCGAAUAUGGUAGAGGCAUGCGAGUGCAUCAAGAGCUGGAUAAGCAUUCCAAAGGGGAAAAACAGGCCACUUCUUGCUGGGGUGUUUAGGGCAGCAAAGGAUAUAGACGCGGCCGUAAGGAUACUGCAGGAAGAUUUAGAAAUGGACAAGGGGGCGGACAGUGAUGUCGAAGCUGGGGACUUGGUACUAUAG